AAUGAGGAAAGGGGCAGCCUUUAACCCGGAAGUGGAGCCUCUGGUGGGGGGGGGGGAGAGAAGACGGAGGCGAGAGAGCUGAGGCGCGAUGGCUGCUGCCUGCUUGCUGUGAGCCGGUCCUGAUCUACCUCCCCUCUCCGCGGCCUUCCGCUCCGUCCCGCCAUGGAUCUCUCAGCCUUGGGGACCAGCCUCAGCUAAGGGAUCCCCUCGUCCUUCCACGCCGACUGGCCUCUGCUCGCUUCUCGGCGGCGGCCUUUCCCUCGCUUCAAGCAGGAAAGGAAGGGCUUUUCCUGGUGCUCCGGGCCGUAGAAGCCCCGAGCUGCCUCCGAGGGCUUUUCUUUCUCUUUGGCCCAGGACGUGCGGGCUUGUGGGAGGCGGCGGCGGAGGAAGGACCUGUUUGUGCUUGGCAGGGAGGGAGGGAGGGGGCAAGCAAGGCUUUGACAGCGGGGGAGGUAUAAGACCUUUAGGGCAACGCUGCGUAGUUUCUAGGAACUGGAGAACUAAAGCAGAUUUGGGUGGGAAGGUUAUGUCUGUUUAGGAUUCCAUCCAGGGGCAAGGUAUGUCUGGAGAGUGACAGGUGCUUGGGGAUAAAAGGUAGGGGGAGAGCGCUUAUCUAAACCAAGCUGGUCCUGUAUAGCUUACGCUAGGGGAAAGUUGCUUUUAUUUUCUGCUAGGGUAGGUGAUAUUGUUCUAGGAUGAUGUGGGUUUUUUCCACAUCCAGGUUAGGUGACAACUUUGAAACUGAAAGGAAGAAGGGCCUGGCAGCGUGAAGGAGGGACUUGAGCAGAAGCAGACAGCUGGGCAGAAUUGGCCUUGUUUAUGUGGCGGCAGGUCUUUUUUGAGGAAAAAAGUAACCAGGAGGCAUCUUGGGCUUCUUUUAGAUAACAGGCAUCUUCAGUUUGUGUUGCCAGUUGAGGGGAAACAGGCUGCAACAGGUUGGUGUAGUUUCAGGUGAGUGACGGAGCUCAUCUGAGAUCAGCUGUGAAAUCUUCUGGCUCUCCAUCUCUCUUUGGUGCGGUUUCCCAUCAAGCGUCUCUGAUGCCCGAACAAGGUCCCAGAAUGAACGGUUUCUCUCUGGGUGAGCUAUGUUGGCUCUUUUGCUGUCCACCGUGCCCCAGCCGCAUAGCUGCCAAGCUGGCUUUUCUGCCCCCAGAGCCCACGUACACUGUGAUGCAACCAGAACAGCAGGAAGCUGGGACUGCUGCCGGGACACCAACAGGGAGUUGCAGCCUGCACUUGACUGAGCGGGCAGACUGGCAGUAUUCCCAAAGGGAGCUGGAUGCCGUGGAGGUCUUCUUCUCACGCACAGCCCGAGAUAACAGACUGGGAUGCAUGUUUGUGCGUUGUGCUCCUUCCAGCCGGUAUACACUGCUUUUCUCUCAUGGCAACGCUGUGGAUCUGGGCCAGAUGUGUAGCUUCUACAUUGGCCUAGGCUCUCGUAUCAACUGCAAUGUUUUCUCCUAUGACUACUCUGGUUAUGGAGUGAGCACUGGUAAACCAUCUGAAAAGAACCUUUAUGCAGACAUCGAUGCGGCUUGGCAGGCCCUCCGAACAAGAUAUGGUGUCAGUCCUGAGAACAUAAUUCUGUAUGGACAGAGUAUUGGGACAGUUCCUACUGUGGACCUGGCAUCCCGCUACGAGUGUGCAGCUGUGAUCCUUCAUUCACCGUUGAUGUCUGGCUUACGGGUAGCUUUUCCAGACACUAGGAAAACAUACUGCUUUGAUGCUUUCCCCAGCAUUGACAAGAUUUCUAAGGUGUCCUCUCCUGUGUUGGUGAUUCAUGGUACUGAAGAUGAAGUAAUAGAUUUCUCACAUGGCCUGGCAAUGUACGAGCGAUGUCCUCGGGCGGUGGAACCCCUCUGGGUGGAAGGAGCAGGCCACAAUGACAUAGAGCUUUACGCACAGUAUCUAGAACGGCUAAAACAGUUCAUAUCUCAUGAACUUCCCAACUCUUGAGGAAUCCCACUUAGUCUUUCUUUUUUUCUUUUCCUUUUCUUUCUCUCUUUUUGUUUUACCUCAGUUAACUGUGAAUGGAAGAACUUAACCUGUUUUUUGCACAUACAUUAACUGGAUUAGCUGUAGAAGCUUUAUACUAUGAAGAAAUGCCCUAUCAUGAGGGUGAAUGAGGUGCAAGUCUGAAUUUUUUAUAACAGAAAACAAUUCUAACAGUCACUACUGUAAUCUUCAUAUUUUUAAAACCUUCAUUACCCUGGAAGAGUUGGAUUGGUGAAGGAGAAGCUAAUGGAAUAGGAAGAUACUAAAUCUAGUGCAGUUCACAUACUUACUCCCUCCUCCCUCCUUCCAACUUCAAGUCACUUAAUUCCUGUAACUUUUUUCUUUAAAACCUUCCCACUCUUUUGAAAGUGAACAGUCUGGGGCUACAGUCUAAGAACAUUCUACAUGUAAAGUUUUUGGCUGUGCUAUUGUAACUGGAAAGGGGGGGGGGGGGUUGGUGGUGUUUUCUCGUGAUUUUUUUUUUAAUCUUACUGACCUUCCUGAGUAAGUUAUAAUUAACUGACUUCCUAGGGAACAUGCCUCCUUUCUAAAUGGGUUUGGUUCUGAAACAAGCCUCACAUCAAUUUUGUGGAUAUUUGCAAGCUGAAAUAUUCUUUUAAAAAUAAGUAAAAUGGCUAAAUACUUUAAUUCUUUAUACCUAAAAAAAAUAAAUGUGUAAAUUUACUAAAUCUGUUAUUCAGAUAAUAUUUGCAGCCUGAAUAACUGCAAUCUUAGGCAUUUCCUUAUGUAAAGCAUUCCUUGUAGAGGUUUUUAAAAAUAUUGUACAUAAGUGAAUUUACAUUAUGCAUAAAACUCUUGAUUGAUAGUUUAAAUUUCAGUCUAGUUACCAAUAAAUUCUGGUUUGUAUAUGAUUGAAUACAUUUUGUUACAAUGAGUUUUUAUUCCCUGCAUUAUUUUGCUAUCAAAAAUUUUAUAAGGUUUCCAGGACAAUUU